GCGUUCAUGUGGCGUUUCUUCCAAGGUAAACAUAAUUUCUUACUGGAGGCAUUACAUCAUAUCGUAUAGUGUGGCUCGUGAGAAUAUAGGCAUAGAAACAGCCCUCGUAAUAAUAUAAAUCAAAGCAGAAUUUCGAGCUGUUUGAACAAAUAUUUGUUAUGGUCAAUUCAGAAUCUCCAUCGAUCUAAUAACUACCAAAAAAUCGAUCGCUUGCUUCACUUGAUUACAAAGUUAUAACCUACAAAACUCAACUACGCCACAACAGACAAUGUCCAACAACAACCAGAACGGUGGACUCCUCGGCGGUCUAGUCGGUGGAGUCGACAACGUCCUUACUGGGGGCGAGAAGGCUAAUGGCCAAGGCGGUCUACUCGGGGGUCUCGGCGGUGCCGUCGGCAGCACAACGGAAGGACUCGGCAAGGGCCUGAACUCGACCACUAAGGGAGUUGGAAGCGCCGUGGGCCAGACUACCGAAGGUGUUGGCAACACUGUCGGCGGCGUGACGAACUCUGUCGGGAGCACCGUUGGCGGUGUUACCGGCGCAGGCGGAGCCGCUAAGAAGAACAACGACAGUGCAUUUAAGAGCUACGGUAUCUAAUAAGGCAGGAGGGUUGGCGUAUAUGUAAUGGGAUAUGAUGAACGAAUAAAUGAACCUAGGACGUGGAAAUCGGGUCUUGACUUUGAAAAUGUUGGACGUUUAAUAAAACGAAAAUGUUUCAAAUUUAAUUUAACUACAUGAUAUAACUACCAUCUUGGAUAUAGCGAAGAUGCUUGCAAUACUGAAUUGGCUUUUUGAAUAAUUACUUAUAUUCUUGGUUAGAAA